AUGAAGGCCUCAAAUGUCAUCGCCGUGGCUUUUGCCUGUGCCCCUGGCCUGGCCACAGCCAGGUGCUUCGGCGGCAGCAACAAGCGUCCUGACCACGGCCUCGAGGUCAUCGAGUUCUUCUACGCCGCCGGCUGCGAGCUGCAGAUGAACCAGCUCGAGGGCGGCAAGGAGUUCAAGAAGACCGGCAAGUCGAGCGACGGCAAAUGCCUCAACGUCCUGGUCAAGAACCACGGCGACAAGAGGACCGUCUCUAGCAACCAGGCCGUCGACGCGUGGACCCGAGAAUGGGUCGGGUGUGAGCACGGGGGCAAGAGCAGCUACGAUGACAAGCUCGAAUAUGUAUGA